UUCCGGCACCAGGGGAUGGACGUCCUGCGCGCCGUCAGCCGCCUCCACGCGCGCCACGGCCCGCUGCUCGCGCUCCGCAUGGGCUCCCGCCUCCAGGUCACCGUCUCCGACCGCCGCCUCGCGCACCUGGCGCUCGUCGAGCGCGGCGCCGCGAUGGCGGACCGCCCGGAGUUCGCGCCGCGUGAACUACUGGGUCUCGACGCCCACGCCAUCACCACCUCCAGCUACGGCCCGCUUUGGCGGCUCUUCCGGCGCAACUUCGUGUCCGAGGUCGCGCACCCCGCGCGGCUCCGGCUGUUCGCGCCGGCGCGGGCGGCGGUGCUCGCCGAGCUCACGAACAAGCUGCGGCUUAUGGAGGGGGAAGGGGGCGGCGACCGAGGCACCAUCGUCGAGGCCUUCCAGCACGCCAUGUUCGGCCUCCUCGUCGCCAUGUGCUUCGGCGAGCGGCUCGAGGAGCGCGCCGUGCGCGACAUCGCCGCGGCGCAGCGCGACCUGCUGCUCUACUCCGGCAACCUCGGCGUCCUCGCCUUUCUGCCAGCCAUCACGACGCGCCUCUUCAGCGGCCGCAUUCGGGCCAUGGCCACCAAACGCCAACGGCUCAAGGACAUGUACAUGCCCCUGAUCCACGCGCGCAGGGAGCGCAAGAUCCACGGGUCGGCGCGGCGGGACUCCCAGACCAUGACGACGACGGCUGCGUUGCCGCAUUCUUACGUCGACACGCUGCUGGACAUCCGGCUCAACGACGACGAGGGCGGCCGCGCGCUGACGGACGACGAGAUGGUCGCGCUGUGCUCCGAGUUCCUCAACGCCGGCACGGACACCACGUCCACGGCCCUGCAGUGGAUCAUGGCGGAGCUCGUCAAGAACCCGGACAUCCAGGACAAGCUCCACGGCGAGAUCGAAGCCACCAUCGCCACCACCGGGUUGGAUCAUAUCUCCGAGGAGGACGUGCACAAGAUGCCGUACCUGAAAGCCGUAGUGCUGGAGGGCCUCCGGCGCCACCCGCCGGGGUACCUGGUGCUGCUACACGCGCCGGCGGAGGACAUGGAGCUGGGCGGGUACAUGAUCCCCAAGGGUACGACGGUGAACUUCAUGGUGGCGGACAUGAGCAUGGACGAGCAAGCAUGGGAACGGCCGACGCAGUUCGCACCGGAGCGUUUCCUCCCAGGCGGCGACGGCGAGGGGACGGACAUCACGGGCACGAGGGAGAUCAGGAUGAUGCCGUUCGGGGCGGGGCGGAGGAUCUGCCCCGGCCUCAACGUCGCAACUCUGCACCUCGAGUACUUCGUGGCGAACUUGGUGCGCGAGUUCGAGUGGCGGGAGCAGGAAGGGGAGGAGGUGGACGUCGACGGCGAGAAGGCCGAGUUCACCGUCGUCAUGGCCAACCCGCUCCGCGCGCGACUUGUGCCUAGAGGGAUUGUUUGA